AUGAAAGUGAUCGGAACCGCGAAUGAAGGUCUACAGCAAGGACAAGACCCUCGGCAUGAGAUAAUCUUGUUGUUGUUUCUCAAAGAUUAUGCUGAGAGUUCAAGAACCGUCGGUAUAAUCCCAGGCUGUUCUAAAGUUAAUGAUUAUGCAAGGCAGACUGAUGAUGUCAUCGUCUACGUCCGUUCUGUACCUGAGGGUCUACAGCCCAGGUACAUCAGUCUCCACGUCUGGUUAUUGGCAGAUAAUAUCGGAACUCCUGGUCUCCAAGCCCAUCCUAUUUUCGUGAGGCCUUGUGCUCAAGGAUUCCCCGGCUCUUCUAUUUGCCCACUGAUCAAAUAUGGAAAAUGCUAUAGCGAGCUGGCGCCCCAAAAUGGAUAUGUAGGAGAUUGA